AAACAGGGUGUGGUGGACGCGAAAAGGAUUCCAUAUCAGAAAUGAGCUUCAACGAUACCAUCAGAAUUUAGUCACCUCUCUCACUCUGUUCAGCGAUAAAAAAUGUCGCCACCCAAUGUUCUGAAGUUUGAGACGGAGGAGCACGUCGCUGUCGCUCUUGCUAACUAUAUCGCCGAUCUGUCUGCUAAAUUCAUCGCCGCCAAUGGCUCUUUCUCCGUUGUACUCUCCGGUGGUACUUUAAUCGAUACUAUGAGCUUAAUUCUCGACAGGAAAUUAGUAGAGCCUCCGUAUAUUAGUUCAAUAGAUUGGUCCAAAUGGUUGAUAUUCUACCUUGAUGAACGAGUUGUUCCUCUAGAUCAUCCUGAUUGCAAUCACAAACUUGCUUUUGACGGAUUUCUCAGUAAGGUUGCGAUACCUGAAUCUAACAUCUAUCCUAUCAAGGAAGGACUAUCACCUGAAGAAGCAGCAGAUGAAUAUGAGCAGAGGCUUAAACAUUUGGUAGCGAACAAAACCCUAAGAACAUCACCAAUUACAGGGUUUCCAAAGUUUGAUCUGAUGUUACUUGGAAUGGGUCCAGAUGGACAUGUUGCAUCACUUUUUUGCUGGCAUUUUCAACGAUUUGAGAAGGAGAAAUGGGUGACUUUCAUCUUGGAUUCACCUAAACCUCCUUCUGAAAGAAUCACUUUCACCUUCCCUUUGAUCAAUUCAGCUUCUGAGAUUGCAAUGGUGGUGACCGGAGAAGAUGCAGCUGAUGCAGUGAAGGUGGCGUUGGGCCCACAUGCUUCGUAUGGUUAUCCGUUGCCUGUGCAGAAGGUUUCACCCGAAGGAGAGUUCACAUGGUUCUUGGACAAGGCCACUACAUCACAACUCAAAUAAACUGUAAUCUGUUACUAUUACUGUUUUUGUCACUUGUCACUGACGCUGAUACUGACACUGAUAUUGAUGAUGGUGUGGAUAUGAGCGGAUGAUGAUAUGUUUGCAUUGAUAAGGCAUGAUGUAUGAUGGAAUAAACAAGUUAAUCAA